CUGCUUCAAACGCACACAGAGACAGCAGCAAAACGGCCACCGUGGAUACCAACGCGACACUGUCGCUUCUGCCGCCUCCGCCAACGCCGCCGUAUCAGCGUCUAACCAAAGCAUUGCAAUGCGAUCCGCGAUGUGGACACGAGGUGACAAUUGGCCGUCGGAUUGGUCUCUACAGGUUCUGCGGCGAUAUUGGACGUGGCAAUUUCUCCAAAGUAAAAUUGGCUGUACAUCAACUGACGCGUGACAAAGUGGCCAUUAAAGUAGUGGACUUAGAUCGAGCUGGUCUUGAUGCCAAGGCCCUGCGUAUGCUAUCGAGUGAAAUAGGCACUCUAGAAUGUGUUCAUCAUCCAAAUAUAUUGAGGCUCUUCGAAGUGGUAGAGACGCUUGGACGUGUUUAUUUGGUCACCGAAUGGAUACGCGGUGGUGAACUCUAUAAUCACAUAACCCAAGGUGGUCCAUUACGUGAGAUUCAUGCCGCUCCGUUGUUCAAGCAGCUUCUGCUGGCUGUCAAGCACAUGCAUAGCCUGGGCUAUGUUCAUCGAGACAUUAAGGCAGAGAACGUUUUACUGCUCUCCGAAGAUCGUUUAAAGUUGGCGGAUUUUGGUUUUAGCACACAAUUGAUAAACGGUCCAAAUCAGAAAUUGGACACCUUUUGCGGCUCACCACCUUAUGCUGCCCCCGAAUUGUUCUCCGAUGAUCAUUAUAUAGGCGCGCCGGUGGAUGUCUGGGCAUUGGGUAUAUUACUCUACUUUAUGGUUGUUGGUAAUAUGCCAUUCCGUGCUCCAACCAUACCGGGACUGAAGGCAGCCAUAUUGAAGGGCGAUUAUUUGAUACCCGGUCAACUGAGUUUGCCCUGCAUAAGACUAAUUCAACGUAUCUUAAUUCAUAUACCAGCUCAGCGGCCAAGCAUUGAUGAUAUACUAAACAGUCAGUUUGUCCAGUGCCCCACACUGAGUGCGGAACUAAUGCAGCAUGAGAUUAAUUUGCAUAGCAAACCCUCAAAGCGGUCCAUUUUCUGGGUACGAUCCAAGUCGCAACGUUUGCGUAAGUCGGCCUCACUGCGGGAUCGAUAUGCCGAGGUGGUCAAGAAGCCGCCCAUAAGCAUGAAUACACGCCAGCAGGAUGAGAUGUUUGUGCCAAACUUUCUGCAACCCAUUGAAGUGGGUCACGUUUUGAUGCUAAUCCAGGCCAAAGACCCAUCGGCCAUCGGUGAGGCGACGACGCCUGUGAAACGUCCAGCCAGACGCUUUCUGCUCUGCGGCAGUCUGAAGAAGAAGGUUACACCGAUUGAGACAGAGCCCGAGAAACAAUUGUCCAAUGGCAAACUGAGUGCCAGGAAUAUCGAGGUGGCCGUCGAUUGUCCACUCUUUAAGAACUAUGAUGCCGAGACUGGUAGUUGCAUUAUGUUGCCCACACCAACGGAUGAUCUCAGUGAAUUGACUGCCCUGGAGUUUGAAGCACGACAAUUGUUGGCGGAAAUGGGACUCAAUACAGAAAUGCUGAUCAAUGCUCGACCCAGUGGACCACGCUCGGAUAUUAUUGGAGCGUAUCGGAUUGUGGUCAAUCGAUUGCAAAAGCAAUCCUGGCUAGCUCGUAAGCAUGUGGAGAUGGCUCUGCAUAUAGAACCCAAUGCAAAGAAAGGUGCAGAUAGGGAUAAGAGAGCUGAACGAUCCUGCUGCAUACUUUAAGGGGUGGGGAGAGGCACAAGAAAGUCCAACCAUUAAUGGUUUUGCCAAAUAUUAUUACUGUCUACCUGUUCAGAUCCAUUGACUUGGCCGCAAGAAGCAGCUAUCCCAGCCUAAUAGAAUAUUUCUGAGUAGAUUUAACCAAAUUGUAGCUCUUGCUUAACUAAUCGAUGAAACGAUUUGAAAUCUCAAGAUUAUUGGGGCAAAAUUAUGCCCCAUUUAGAGGCAUUCAGAGAAAGUAUACUUUUUACCCGCCACCUAGAUAAGAAUCCUGGUUACAAAACUUGCGUGCACCAUUAUUGUGUCCACCUUAGUGUCAAUUUACCAGGCUCACAAUCAGAUGAGAUCAGUUUGUAGAGGAAACAGCGCGUGUUUGUUGUUAAUUAUAGUAGGUUCAUUUUUUCUCAUUAUUCUAGAGAUAAUGACACAGGCUAACAAAAGUGCGAUAAUCAACCAAUCUACAUCCAUUAGAAGCUGCUUCGAAUCGUGAUAUCAGAGAUAUAAAAACAGCUGAUUUAAGUCUCUGAACAUGGAAGAGAGAUAAAAUAUCCAACAAUUUUAUAAACUUUUUGGAAAUAAAUUGUAGUGAUCUACUAAAUAUUUAGAUGUUUAGAGUCAAAAGUGCUCAAAAUCAGAUUAGCUGCUCGAUUCGUUUUGAUAUUCUAUGGAGAUCCUAAAAGAAUCGAUGCUGAUUGGUUGGUUUAUAGACAUUUUGUCGGCCUGUGUGUUGGUUCCUUAUUUUCAUGUAGAUUGAGUUUUUAUAAUUGUUAAUUAAUGAUAAUGAUAUGAAAUUAUAUACACAAAUGCGAUACGGAGCAUGAGCAGGUGGGGACAUGGUCUCCCUGUCAUCUAGUAAAAUUUAUAUAUACAUAUAGUCCAAGUAUUAUGUAUUUAGUUGUUGGUCCAUUUUGAGUAUAUAUAUACAUACGAAUAUACAUACCGAU